AUGGGUCAGGUCAACCUGAAGCAUUUGCUCUGGCAGCUGAGAGAGCAACAAUCAGCCCUGAGUGACGUCACAUUGCUUCGGCAGGAGGUGCUUUCCCUGAAGCUGUCGUGCAAUGUGGCCAAGGCCGAGUUUCAGCCAGUGAGGGAAAGCAUUGAAGCUAUGCGGGAAGGGAUGAAGAAGGAACGUGAGACCUCCUGUGAAGAGCUGCAGGAGGUCACCAGCCAGUUGCAAGAGCUCCGAGCACAGCAGGACAGGACAGAAACCAUCUGUAUCCAGAUGAUUAGCAACGGGAAGGACUUGCUGCAGCAGAUUUCGGAUUGUGACAGUCAAUGCAGACAGCUUCAACAUCGGAUGGAUGAAGGUCUGGAGGCUUCAAAAAGACAGCAGAUGGAGGCAAGUGCUGCACAGAAGGCGGCAGAGAGAGCAGAGGACUUGGUCCAGCAGCUGAAGGGGACAGCGGUGUCCUGGGAAGAACGACUGACGCAGCUGGAGAAAGAUCUUCAGCACAGCAAGGAAUCCGUCGGCACUUUACGUGAGAUGGUUGAGCAGGAAUCUUCCCAACGUGGACACAUCGAAGGGCAAGUGCUCAAAGACAUGCAGUCAAUGCACCGAGAUCUCUCGGAGCUCAAGCAACAUCGAGGCGUCAGCGAUGAGCGAAUGAAGGAGCUGCAUGAGAAGUUCUAUAGCCUCAGUGCUCAAGUUCUCGACGAUUGCAAGGAACUUGCAAGUGUUCAAGGCCGCCUUGGCGUUUGCGAGAAACAAGGUGUCUCGUUGACAGAACUGCAACAGAACUUGCAGCAGCUGCAAAGUGAGCAAGUUCUUCACUCCGAACGGCUGGAGCACUGCCAACAACUCUUUGAUCACGAGAUGCACUUGCACAGGUCGCAGGAGCACUCAGCUUUAUCGGAGGAAUUGAAGGAUUUGCAGCACCACCGUGAGAGGGAUGCAGAACUGCUGCAACAGGCCCUCAGCUUUGGUACUGCCUUGAAGACUGCAGAGGUCCGUUGGGAGAACCUGCUACAAGAGAGCUGUGGAAAGCUUCAAGCCCGGCAAGCAGCAGCAGAAGUGCAACUUCGCGAGGUUAUCGAAAGCACUGGAAACCUGACGAAGCAUAGCUCCAAGUUGGAGGAGAGGACUAAUUUGCUCCACGACGAGUGCCAAAAGCUGCAGACGGAUGAGCAGGUCAACAGGGCAGAUCUCCACAACAGGAUGAAGGAGCUGGCCACUGGCAGCCAUUCAUUGAAUUUGGAGCUUGAGAGGCAGAAGAAUAUUUUACCUGCAAUGAGUCAGCAACUGCAGCAGCUCUCCGCUGAAUCCAAGAAGAUGGACGCCCAGAUCGAGGGUCAGCUCCAGACUGCAGCACAGCAGGCUUCAGCGUUGGGCAGGGCCUCCGAAGAGAUUGGAAAGCUGCAGAAGAGGACUGAAGAACAAAUGAAGGAGUGCGUUCGUUUGUCGGCAGAGCAGUCUGCAGCAUCACAGAAGCAAAGCUCUUUUGAGGCCUGGAGCAAGACCGCGGAGUUCAAGGUGGCGCAGCUUUCUGACCAACUCACUGACGUCCAUUCGCAAGUUUUACGCUGCGAGGCCUUGCAGCCUGAGCUAAAUCGUUUGGAGAAAUCGAUGGGUGACCAAGCUCGUCGCAACGAAACGGCCCAAAGCCAGGUCAAGGAGUUAAUCUAUUCAUCGCAACGAGAUUUGAAAGUGCUGAUCGGAGAGGUCAAGGAGGAGCUGAAAGAGGACAUCGCCUCGCAAUCGCAACAGCUCUUGCAGCUUUCACAACAAGAGGCCUCGAUCCAGGCUGAAGCUGCCAUUACGAGAUCAGAGCAGGUCCAGUUGGAGAAAGGCUUUGCAAAUUGCGUUGAACGCAUGGCUCGUGUGGAGACUGUGUCUUCCAGCGUCGCUUCUGCAAUGGAGAAGGCCGAGGCCCAGUUGGAGAAAGGCCUUGCAAAUUGCGUUGAACGCAUGGCCCGUGUAGAAGGGCAAGAAUCUGCCCACGCUGCAAGUCUGGACCAAACGAAGGCCCAAAUUGCUGAGAUGAACAACCAGAUGAAGCAGGAACAAGAGCAGCUCGCGGGCAAAAUUGAGGAGACAAAGACAGAGCAGGCCGAGAGCCAGGAACGACUGGCAGAACGUUUGGGAGACCGUCUCACAUCAGUGGAGCAGCUGUCUUCCCGUCUUCAAGCUUUGCAGGAAGCCGAUUCCAAGCUGCAGACGCAGCAGCGCGAGGACUUCAAGCAGGAGCUCAAGCAAAUUCAUCAGCUUCAUCAGCAGCAUGGCGAGUCGGAAGCCCUGCAACAAAGGAUGUUGAGGGAGAUCACUGAGCUCUCCGACAAGCUAAGUGCACAAAGAGAAGCGCUCGAAGUAAAGCUGGCUGAAGACAAGCAAAGUGUAGACGUCGUAGACGAGAAGUUGCAGACACUGCAAGCAGCAGUAGAUGACGCCAGGAUGGAAGAUCAUCAAGCAUUGCAAGAGUGUUUGCAGGUACUUGAUGGACACGUAGGGGAACUUCAGGAGCAACUAAGGAGUUCCAGCUUCGAACAAGCCCAGCUGACAAGCUCCGUUCGUUCAGCGGAGAAAGGCUUCAACACAGCCAUGGACUCCUGGAAGCGAGGUCUUGAUCGCCUGGAAGAACGUCUUCAGAGCAGCGAUCUGCGAUUGGCCCAGCAGUCCGAAAAGCUUGCGAAGCUGGAGACCACGGAGACCUUGAGAGAGACCUUGGCCGAGGAGCAAGACAAGCUCUCCAGCUUUCAAGCUGCGAUUUCGCUCUGUGAGCAUCAGAAGGCUUUGCAAGCUGCUGAUCAGGCACAGCUUCAAAAGAGAUUUGAGGAUCUGCAUGGAAAGACUCUGCCGCUGUUGGAAAGAUAUCAGGAGGAGAUGUUUGAGUCCAAAGAGGCACUGAAAGCAUUGCAGGUAGAGCUCUCUGGUGUCAAAGUGCAACAGAAGGAGCUCAAGGACGAAGCAGCUCUCAAUGAGGCUACUGCCGGUGUUGAGUUCCAAGGAGUUCAUGCCAGUGCAGAGCGGGCGCACGCAAGGCUCGACGCUUUGGAAUCGACAGGACGAUUGGACUCCACGAGGCGUCAAGAGCAACGCCUCGAAGAGCUCCAGGCGGCUCAAUGGAGCUGGUCAGCUGACAAGGCGGCCUUGGAAAGUCAAGCCUCGAGUUCGCGACAAAGAAUCGAAGGACUUGAGAAGACUUUGGAGGCGUAUCUUAGCAAAGACUUGCUCGAAAGCGUUCGCUCUGAGAUGGACCAUUUGAGAUCGCGUUUGGCUGCCGCGGAACAGCAGCAGGUGUCCUCUGGGUUGGAGCUGCGGAAGUUGUCCUUGAGGUUGGAUGCCGAGUUGGCAGGUGUUCAGGCUGCGUUGCGCGAACGCUUAUCAGAGGCCCUGGCAACAUUGCCUCCUUUGGAGGAAGGCCUUCGAGAACAGGCCCACCAACUCGAGGUGGAAGUCCGCUGUGAUUCCCAAGCAGCCAUCCGAAUGAAGAGCACGUGCUUGCUUCCACAGUCUUUGUGUUGGAAAGAUUUUCUUGUGGCCUAUCGAGAUGUUUACAUUGGCAAGGACAUGGCCAAGCCUGGACGUGCGAUUUUCAGUGAGAUGAUGAGCCGAUGGGCCAUGCAAUUGAGAUUCAGCCAGCGAAAGGGGGUAAAGCUUUCAAACGCUGUGGCAGCGACUGACGACCUCGCUGCUUUGCUGGUGAAGGAGCAGAAGUGCGGGGGGAGCGAUGUUGCGAGGUUCAAAGAAGGUGUGAAAAUCUUGGACACAAACUCGAGCCUGCAGCUGCAGCUUGAAGAGUUGCGAGAAGCUCAUGGUCACUUGGAGGCUGAGCACUCGAGGUUGGUGGAUCAGAACAAGACCCAAGGCCAAGAACUCUUCGACCACUUCCUGGAGGUGCGACAUCAAAUUGAAGAUGUGCAGACGAAUUUGGUGCUUCCCUUGGCAGAUGAACUGCGUUUGGCUCAGAAUCUAGUGGCCAUGGCAACUGCCAUGGCUGUAACUCAUGACCGUUUCUUUGUACAGCCAGAAGAACAAGAAGCGUAUGCACUCCGUGUCUUCCAUCGUUUUCCUGAGCUUUUUCACACUUUGGGUGAUCCAUCUCUGCCAGCGCUGUUCGACUUAAGUCGAAGCUUUGUGGAUCUGCAAGACUCGGGGGAGCAGACUGUUUUAAGAGUGCAACUCCACCGCGCCGAGCCACAGGCGACGCCGCAGGUUUUCGACGUGUCUACCCCGCAGAUGGAACCUAAACGGCCAUCGGAUCCCCUAUCGGUAGCCUUCAGCAGCCUGGAACCGCUGCACCUUUCUGAGCAGGGCAGCGAAAAUGAAACCCAGCAGCCACGAAAACCGACCUCAACGAAGCCAGAAAGGGCACGAAGCCCGGUCGAGAAGAAACGGAUGGAGCGAGGACUCAUGCAGAAAUCGACUCCGGCAUUGCAAGCGGAUUUCAGCAUCCUUGGCGAGUCAGGCCGCGAAAAAGAAAGGCCACAGGCAGUGAAAGUGCAGGAGCCUGCACUGUCCCGAAACCGGUCAUACAAUGACGAAGACGAGGCUUGGCAUCCGGGGCAAAGCUCCGAUGAAGAGCUGACGCAACGGAUGCGAAGCCGACACACUGUGCAGCCGCUGGAAGUGCCUGGCAGUGCUUCCCCCAUGAGCAGUGAGGGUUUUGGCUCAGAAAGCCCUUUCUUCCCGUUCAAAAUGGGAUCCAAAUCCUUAUCAAGUAGUAGCUCUACCAGCACCAACGCGGCUGUGCCCCACCUGCCCCGGACACCUAGCAUCUUCCGAGAUGUAGAAGGUGCUUCCAGCCGGAGCUUGGCGGGUCGCCGCGGCCUGCAGCUGCAGCUGAACAAACGACGCGCGACACCGGCCUCUGUGGCUGAAGACGACAUAGAUUCCAACAGCCUUUCUCCAAGCAACAGCAUGGGGGUGGCGAAUUCUGGCGUUCAGCUGGUGUCCCCUCCAAGGAGGUUGUCAAGGACCAAAACUCUGCCAGCAGAUCUCAGACAUGUGCAGUCUCGCUUUGUUCGGCCCCGGCCCGUGGCUUUUCCGCAGCGUCGGAACGUGAUUUUCUUCGACUGGGACGAUACGCUUUGUCCCACCAGCUGGAUUCGAAAGCUUCUGAAGGAGCACCUGGCUGAUGCGGAAGAAUGGCUCGAUGAAGACCUCUUUCUGCCAAGGGAGGAAGAGGACUGGCGAGACAGCAUUCCCAGUUGGUUUACGCAGCCGCUUCCAGACGAGCCGCAUAUACGUGAGAUCAUCAAGGAAGUGCAAAGCUCUUGCAUCAAGUUGAUCCAGGUGGCUAACAGCUUUGGCCUCGUUUGCAUCGUCACCAAUGCAGUGCCUGGCUGGGUGGACAAGACCAUCAAGAGAUGGUUGCCAGAACUGCGUAGCUACAUCGGAUCUGGCUCCGCCCAUUGUGAGCGUCCCAUCAAGGUGAUCUACGCUCAGAAGGCCUACGUGGAAGUUGAUGCCACUUUACCCUUUGCCGAUGAGCAGGGGGAGUACAUGCUGUGGAAGAAAGCUGCCAUGACUGGCGUCUUGGAAGAGCUGGACAGUCUUUACUGCUCCGAAUGCGAGGGACCUCGUUAUUGGCAAGAUGCUGGCAACAAACGUAUUGCCAACGUGCUAUCCAUUGGCGACACGGAGGCGGAGAUGAUGGCUGCUCAGCUGGCUUCUGUGGAUUUUGAUUGCAGUCGCUAUCUCCCGCGCAUGGGAAAACAAUACUGCCGCGAUUGUGGCUUAGAAGAGCCUGCAGGUUUGCCCUCCAGUGUCCAUCCCCGCAGCUUCUCAAUGUUUUCAGAAGAUGGCGUCCAGAGCAGUGGUAGCGAAGGUUUCUGUUUUGCCAAGGAUCCCCAACCUGAACCCCAGAAAAAGCUGGGGGGAGGUUAUCGACAUUCCGUGGGCGUUCCAUGGUCUGGUCGUUGGCCUUGGGUAAAACUCAUCAAAUUGCAUGAAGGAUGCCAGGGAAGACGUUUGGCUACGCAAAUGGAUGAGAUGUGUGAGCUCCUGCCCAAGAUGAUCGCCUUGCGUCAGCACGUGCGAGUGAACUUGGAUGAUGACCGCAAAAGCCGUCACAGCGGUUGGCAGUUCGAUGCGUUGAACUGCACGGAAGAAGACCUGCAACUGGAACGGCGCCUUCGAGUUGGAACUGUCUAACAAUGUCUGAACUGUCUGACAUUGGACUGACAUUGUCACAAUUGUCGGACAGUUUUCGCGUGGACGUGGCGUCCGCACAUCUGCGCUGAGGGAACCUCAGUGCACAGGUCGGAAGGUCCAAGAUCUUCCGAUCCUUAGGAAUAUAGAACAUAGAUUUGACACGAAUUGAACAAUUCUGCACUAUGCUUCAUGUCAGAGGUCUUGAAC